CUCGAUUUCACGUUGAGGCAGGUAGACUCAGAUGGGCCAGAAGAAGCGGCGGAUCACUGCGAAUGACCGCAACUACUCGGGCGGGUCCUUCAACAUCAAGCGAGCGGUGGUGACCCCAAUUGCCAACAUAAUGGCGGCGAUCGGGGAAGCUCCUCCCCCCGGGGACGGGGCGAUAUCUGCCACUCCACCCCCGUCGUUGGUGUCGUCGACCAGUGUCAAUCAAAUGGUCAUCAGUUCCUCGGCACCACGGCAUUCCGUGCCCAACGCAGGCGGCAUACUACGGCGCAUCAGCGCCGGCUUUGUACGCUUGUUUUCAGAGAUGACUGUGUCCGUGUCGGCCACGACCCUGACCAUCCCCAGCACUUCCACCCCCAGCUCCAGCCAAGUAGCCCCCACGCCGUUGUGUCCGGUGGUGGAGCCCAUCAACGUCAACGAAGACGGCAGCAGCCGCCGCGCGAGCAACUCCGUCUCUGCCAUCCCCCGAGAUGCCAGUGGAUCCGUGGGCACAGCCAUGCGGCGGAUCAGCACGACCUUAACCCACAUGUUCACCGACCCCAAGCCGCUGACAGACUCGACGCCCGCCGUGGACGGCAGCCCCAAAGGACGUGGCCACAGCAAGUCCGUGUCGGAGACGCUUGUGGCGAUGGUGCAUCGGGGCCCCGUGGACCGCUUUGGCCAGGGGAACGUCACGCACACGGGCCUCGAUGCGUCGUUUGUGGACGAGGGGCUUCAUGUGUUGAUUGACGGGGCCCCCAACUCGACCGAGUUUGCGCAGCUGCUGCUGGACAAACUCACGGACGUGUUCACCAAAUACACCAAAAGCGACGACUUUCAAAUGUGCGUCAAUUCGCCGCAGGUCGCAGGGGAAAUCAAAGUCAAGCUAGUACAAGGCAUCGCCGCUGCCCACCAAGCGGUCGUACCGUCCUUCGGGGGCGUAUCUGCCGCCGCGUCCGUGGGCAUCGCCAUCAUCCACCGCCACCCGAAAGAUGCCAUCGCAAGGCUGCACGUGAUCAACGUGGGCAACACCAAGACGAUUGUUGUGCGCCGCCAGGAAAUCGUGUUCGAGUCGGCCUCACUCAUGCUCGGCUUUCACCGCCCGCUGCGCGUGCCGUCAGUGCCUCCUAAUUCGUCCCCCCAUUCGCCCCCCGCGCAACCGACUAUGCUCUACGAAAUGUACCAGCUCGAGGCAGGGGACAUAGUCGUGUCGUGCACGGACGGCGUGACCGACAACUUGUACGCCAACGAAAUCAUCGAAACGAUCCAAGUUGUGAGCAAGUACCGCAACGCGAGCUGGGACUGGGUCGCCCAGGAGAUUGCCCAAGUCGCGGCCAACCGCGUGGACCAGCCCCUGAACCGGCAGAGUCCGUUUGCCAAGGAGGCGGCGGGCGAACUCUACCGGUCCAUUGACCUCGACACGGAACUUCUCGGGCGAUACGCGUCCUUGUUACGGCAGGACGUCAACUUGACCAAGACGGCACUGUUUCGCAACACAAACACAAGACAAGGAGACGACUUUCCACUCGAUCAACUGGCGCAAUGGGCCAAAGCCAUCGUGGGCACGGCCGACGACGCCACCGUGGUCAUUUCCACAAUCUAAUAAUGCAAGUAUUAUCGAGUAGCUUGGG